GCGUUUAUGGUGUUGCCAACAACUAUGUCAUCCCCAGCUCUGUCUGCGCUGCCAACCUAUUCAUCAACAUCAAAAUCUCGUCUACAGUCGCUGUAUUCCGAUAUUCACAGACAAAAAUAUUCCAACCCUUCUUCUUUCCAUACUUAUGUUGACUGGUGGCAUGGGACGCUCAAGGAUGUCACUUCGCGAGGUUGGCAGGGAAGCGACGGAUCUGACGGAACAAGCAACAAACUUAUCCUAGGAGCACGAAGAGCUCUGGUGGAUAAGCUGCGUUAUGAAGGUGUUGGCAAGCCUCUCGGUCUCGGAACCACCAUACAGUCUGUGUACGACCCAGGCUGGCUCCCAUACCGAAUUGCUUCCUUCGUGGUCGGAAAACCACUAUGGUGGGCGAUGCAGCAGCUUGACAUAGUCCGCUCAGAAGACUCUUAUACAGAAGCUGAGAUGUGGAAGAAGAUAGAAGGGGACUACGUCAUGCUUGGGCUUGUCGAUACCAAAGUCCUGAUCAAAUUUCUCGAACGGGAAAGACGUGUGGUUGUACAGAAUGGUGAUGUCAUUAAAUUUGUGUCAGCGAGCCAUGAUCGGGAAAUCACUGCUGUGGAUCGAGGAAUUCUACAGCUCAAGACAGCAGUGAGAAAUCUCCGCGAACAGGUUGAUGGCAUCCAGAAUAAGAUUGAUCAGACUGCUUCAAAUAUCUCAAACGCCCUGCGUCAGCAGCGCAAGUCAAUUGCACUAGCAGAGUUGCGGUUUAAGAAACAUCUGGAUGACCUGCUUUCAAAGCGUCUUGGAUCCCUUCAUAAUCUAGAGUCAACAUUGAUCAGUGUAGAGACGGCCGCCGGUGAUGUGGAAAUUAUGAAGACAUAUGAGAGUUCGACGGCAACAUUAAAAGCAAUCUUAAGCCACCCCUCCCUUCAACGCAACAAGAUUGAAGAGACAAUGGAUGCGCUUGCGGCAUCGACUGCUGAUGCACGUGAGAUAGAUAAUGCUAUCAGAAUGGGCGAAGACAUGGCUGCAGUAGACGCGGGCAUAGAUGAUACAGAGCUAGAAGCCGAACUAAACGCGUUGGUGGAAGAGGCAGAGAAGGAGAGUGCUGCAGCAGCUGAACAGGCGGUUGUGGAGAAGCUUCAGGGCAUUGAAGUUCAUGUCCCAGAAGGCGCACCAGUUCAGGUUGAGGCCGUUCCCAGGCGGACGGCAGAGGCAGCAUAAGAGGACACCUUACAUAAUAUUAGCAUACAGUGUUCCUUGAUGAUGCAUUAAUAUCCUUAUGAGAAGCAC